AUGACUUCUCAACACUCAGGUAUUGCGGCUUCCUUCGCGGCCAUAUCAUCUCAAACAUCCCUAGUGGCUGAUUCAUCAGCUGCCAGCGACAACGGAGAUUCUGACAUCGGAGAAACGUAUACUUCGCCGCUGUCGCCUUCUCAAUUUAAGAAGAAGAAGCGUACAUCGAAGAUAUGGGACCAUACGCCUUUCGGAAAAAACGAGAUCGUCCGUAAUACGGAAGGUCAGAUUAUCUGGCGUUGCAAAUACUGCAAAGGGAAGCCUGCCGAAUAUCUCGAAAAUGGAGGCACAGCUCAUAUCUACAAGCACCUUAAAUCGCACAAUACUCUUGGUAUAUUGACGCCCAACGAAGAAAGGGCGGCUAAAACAAGGAACCAUCUUGAGGAGGCUUUCUCACGGAUGUCUCAAAGCGCGAACCCCCUUAAACGCCGUCGACACGAUGACGAACCGACAGAUCUCAACGCUGAUAAAUUUGAGCAACUGUAUGUAAAGUGGAUUGCGGACUGCGGGGUCGCACUUCGUAUGGCAACAAGAGAAACUUUUCGAGCCGUACUCAAGUUCCUCAAUCCUGGCGUGCUCUCAAUCUUACCUACGUCACAUCAGACGAUUCGCGAGUGGGUAAUGCGAACGUUCGAGACGCAAAAGCGGCGUAUGCGGCAAGUUCUUCAAUCAGCCGUCUCGAGAAUACACUUCACCGUCGAUUUGUGGUCCUCUCCAAAUAAGCUUGGCAUCCUUGGCGUUGUUGCACACUUUAUUGACAGCAACGGCGAGUUGGUUUCCUAUUGCGUUGCUCUACGAGAGGUGCAUGGUAGGCAUUCAGGGGAGAACCAGGCUCAGAUUGUGAUGGAUGUUGUCGAGGACUACGGAAUUGUCACCCAGGUUGGGUAUUUUGUUUCGGACAAUGCAGAUUCAAAUGAUACAUUGAUGAAUACUCUACAGAACUUGUUAAACGAGAGGCGUGAUAUCUUAUAUGACGCGAAACAUCACCGCCUUCGUUGCAAUGGUCAUACUAUCAAUCUGGCAGCACACGCAUUUAUGUUUCCAAAAGCGGCACCAGUGGAAGCACCUACGAAAAAUAAGAUCAAGAAGGAGACCACGAGCGAAUAUAUCAAACCUUCAGAAUCUGAUAUAUUGAAAUGGAGGAAGGCUGGUCCUCUUGGCAAGCUCCACAACAUCGUUGUUUUUAUCCGGUGUAGUCCCCAACGUAUACAGAGGUUUAAAGAGAUCAGCGACAAGAAGGGACUUCUUCGCGACAACGAUACAAGGUGGAACUCCAAGUACUAUAUGACCGCGAGAACUAUUGAACUUGCAGAUCAAAUUGAUUACUUUUGUUCCAAGGAGAAGGACCUGAAGCUUGACUCCCUUUCAGAGCAAGACUGGGUUGAGCUGAGAAAAGUUUGCAAUUUCCUCAAAUCAUUCGCUGAUGCAACCAAGGCUACAGAAGGUCACGCGCAUACGAUUGACCGAACGUUGCCGAUAAUGGACUUCCUGCUUAGUAAAUUUGAGGCUGCAGGGUGGGCGAAAUUCGACGCGUAUUACACUCUUACAGAACGUUCAUCUGCAUAUGUUGCAGCCAUUGUCCUCAGUCCUCAUAGAAAGUGGCACUACUUUGAUGUCGCCUGGGAGGACCAUCCUGAGUGGAUUGAAAGUAGUAAGACCGCCGUAGAAGGUCUCUGGAAGUCUCGUUACGCACCAGUCGCCAAAAUGGCUGAGUCGGGAGCUCAGUCCCUGGUUGACAAGCCGCUGGUGAGUAAUUCGUUCCUUGCAUGGGAAGAUGACCAAGAAGAUCUCGGUCUUCCUACCCAAUUUGACGAGUAUCAGAAUUAUAUAUCAGGUCCAAGGAUCAAGGUAAAAGACGUACGAAAGUGGUGGCUUGAAGACACACAACAAACACUCUAUCCAAACCUGUCCAAAAUGGCGCUUGAUCUUUUGUCAAUUCCAGCGAUGUCUGCCGAGCCAGAGCGCCUCUUCUCUGACACUAAAAUCACCCUUCAGGAUCGCAGAAAUAGGCUAGGUAUUGACAUAAUUGAGGCAAUCGAGUGCAUAAAAUCCUGGUCGAAGACUCACGAAGUGGCUUGGGUUGACGACAUUGGACUUGUUUUGGAUCCAGCAAUAAUGGAAGAGGGUGAGCAACGGAAAAUGGGAGUGACGUUGAGUAGUUCAGCCGUGUCGCCAAUCUGCGCCUCUGAUCUAACACAAUUGAGGUUGAAAGAACCGUUUCUCAAGCGCUCCCAUCUCUUGAAAAGAGCAAACUAUUACACGUUGGCUGCGAAUACUUCAUGCCUGGGCCAUGCGGCUCUUUGCACGCCGUGCGAUAUGAUAUUACAAUACGAUAUUGCUCAAAUACAGUGCAAUACCGUAUACCGUGCAGUGCAGCAAAUUCCUAAACAAUACAGUGCAGUGUGA